AUGGCAAUGCGUGUCAUGAGCUUGCUGCAUGCCGCCACCUUCGUCAUGAUUGCAGUAGCCUCCUGGGGAGCACACGGCACUGCCAGCGACGAGGCCAAUUCUCUGCUCGCUUUCAAGGCUGAGCUCGUUGGCAGCAGCAGCUCCGGUGUGCUGGCCUCCUGGAAUGGCACCACCGGCGUCUGCAGAUGGGAAGGCCUGGCAUGCAGCGGCGGCGGCCAGGUGGUGUCGCUGAGCCUGCCCUCCUAUGGGCUCGCUGGCGCGCUCUCCCCGGCCAUCGGGAACCUCACGUUCCUGCGGACGCUGAACCUGAGCUCCAACUGGUUCCAGGGGGAGAUCCCGGCAAGCAUUGGGCGGCUAGCGCGUCUGCAGGCGCUGGACCUGAGCUACAAUGCGUUCUCCGGCACGCUGCCCGCCAACCUCAGCUCCUGCGUCAGCUUACUGCUGUUGAGACUCAGCAGCAACCAAAUCCAUGGGCGCAUCCCUGUCGAGCUCGGCAACAAGCUCACGCAUCUUCGGGGGCUCUUAUUGGCCAACAACAGCCUGACGGGCGCCAUCCCAGGAUCACUAGGUAACCUUUCAUCCCUGGACUACCUUGAUCUGACAGACAACCAACUCGAGGGUCCGGUACCACAUGAGCUUGGCAGCAUUGGAGGCCUCCAGGCCCUUUUCCUCUUUGGGAACAGCCUAUCGGGUGUGCUUCCACAGUCCCUGUACAAUCUGUCAUCGCUGAAGAACUUCGGGGUAGAAUUCAACAUGCUGUCUGGAACUAUCCCUGCUGAUAUUGGCGACAGGUUCCCUGGCAUAGAAACCCUUAGCUUCUCUCACAACCGGUUCAGUGGAGCUAUCCCACCUUCGGUCUCCAACCUCUCUGCUCUCAUAAAACUUGGCCUCGCAGGAAAUGGAUUUAUUGGACAUGUGCCUCCUGCUCUGGGGAAGUUGCAAGGUCUCACUGUCCUGGACUUGGGUGACAACAGGCUACAAGCCAACGACAGUCAAGGGUGGGAGUUCAUCACUUCCCUGACGAACUGCAGCCAGCUUCAGAAUCUGAUUCUUGGCAACAACUCUUUCAGUGGUAAAGUGCCUGGUUCAAUCGCCAACCUAUCGACGACUCUCGAAACUCUUUAUCUGGGAGACAAUAGGAUUUCUGGAGCUAUUCCAUCGGACAUCGGCAAUUUGGUUGGCCUGAAAUUACUUGAGAUGGCAAAUAGCUCCAUAUCUGGAGCGAUCCCGGAGAGCAUUGGUAGGCUAGGAAACUUGGUUGAGUUGGGCCUCUACAACACUAGCUUGUCAGGCCUCAUACCUCCAUCACUAGGAAAUCUUACACAGCUGAACAGGCUUUAUGCAUACUAUGGCAAUCUAGAGGGGCCCAUUCCAGGGAGCCUGGGAAACUUGAAGAAUGUAUUUGUCUUUGAUCUGUCAACAAAUCGACUCAAUGGUUCAGUUCCCAAAGAGGUGCUAAAACUUCCUCAGCUUUCUUGGUACUUAGACUUAUCAUACAAUGCAUUGUCUGGGCCACUCCCAGUUGAAGUUGGUAGCUUGGCAAACCUUAACCAACUGAUUCUAUCAGGAAACCAGUUGUCAAGCAGCAUACCUGAUAGUAUUGGAAAUUGCAUUUCACUGGAACGGCUGCUGCUGGAUCAGAACUCAUUUGAGGGAAUCAUACCUCAAUCUCUGAAGAACUUAAAAGGUCUCGCCUUACUGAACCUGACCAUGAAUAAGCUGUCUGGUAGUAUUCCUGAUGCCCUUGCUAGUAUUGGCAACCUGCAACAGUUGUAUUUAGCACACAACAACUUUUCAGGUUUGAUUCCAGCAGUUCUACAGAACCUAACACUAUUGUCGAAAUUGGAUUUGUCCUUCAAUGAUCUCCAAGGUGAAGUGCCAAUAGGGGGUGUUUUUGCAAAUGCAACGUCCUUGUCGAUUCACGGAAAUGAUGAGCUUUGUGGCGGAGCGCCUCAACUGCAUUUAGCUCCAUGCUCCAUGGCUGCUGUGGAUAACAAAAGACAAGUGUCAAGAUCCCUUAUGGCCACCCUAAUAUCAAUUGGCGCACUUGUAUUCUUAGGUAUACUAGUUGCUCUUAUUCAUUUGAUCCACAAGAGGUUCAGACAAAGAAAGGCAAGCCAACUCGUUUCCACACUAAUUGAUGAACAGUACGAAAGGGUUUCUUAUCAAGCAUUGUCAAAUGGAACUGGUGGUUUCUCAGAGGCUAAUUUGCUCGGACAAGGAAGCUACGGUGCUGUUUAUAAAUGCACUUUACAUGAUCAGAGUAUUACCACAGCUGUAAAGGUGUUUAACAUACGACAGUCUGGGUCCACUAGAAGUUUCAUGGCUGAGUGCGAGGCACUGCGAAGGGUACGUCACCGUUGUCUCAUAAAGAUCAUCACCUGUUGUUCAAGCAUCAAUCAUCAAGGUGAAGAAUUCAAGGCACUGGUUUUUGAGUUCAUGCCGAACGGUAGUCUGAAUUAUUGGCUGCAUCCAGUAUCUAAAGUACACACUCUGAGUAAUACGCUCAGCCUAGCUCAGAGACUAGACAUUGCUGUAGACAUCAUGGAUGCCCUGGAAUAUCUUCACAACCAGUGUCAGCCACCAAUAAUCCAUUGCGAUCUCAAGCCAAGUAACAUCCUCCUUACAGAGGAUAUGAGUGCCCGGGUUGGAGAUUUCGGCAUAUCGAAAAUCCUUUCAGAUGACACUAGCAAAACUCUGCUAAAUUCAAUCAGCUUCACUGGACUGAGGGGCUCCAUUGGUUAUGUCGCUCCAGAGUAUGGCGAGGGUCGAUCUGUCUCGACUCUUGGGGAUGUCUACAGCCUUGGGAUACUGUUGCUUGAGAUGUUCACCGGGAGGAGCCCUACUGACGAAAUAUUCAAUGACUCAUUGGACCUUCAUAGGUUCGCCGAAGCUGCUCUCCCCAACGGAGCCUCGGAGAUCGCCGACCCAGCAAUCUGGCUGCAUGAUGAAGCGGCUGUUGGUGCCACAGUAAGAAGCCGGAGCAAGGAGUGCUUGGUUUCAGUGAUCCGGCUCGGCGUCUCCUGCUCAAAGCAGCAGCCAAGAGAGCGAAUGGCGAUACGAGAUGCUGCUGUGGAGAUGCGUGCGAUCAGAGACGCGUACCUCAUGGUUGCCAGCUAG